AUGGCAGAUAAGGAAAAACAACCAAGUGAAAACGGCCAAACGAAGAGUCAAGAAAAUGGUGAGGUCUUAGACUUGGAUUUAGAAGAUGCAGAAACCAUUAUAAAAGUUCAUUCAUCAAAUCUUAAAGGAAGAAAGAAAUACACUUUAAAUGAAGAUAUAAGAAUAUUGACAUAUAUUGCCACUAAGAAUCAGUGGACUAAUGUUACUGGGACAAUACUAUGGGAUGUCAUGGAACGAUCGAAAGUUACUGAUCAUUCAUGGCAAUCAAUGAAAUGUCGUUACUUAAAAUAUAUCCUACCUGCCAUUGACAAUUAUGAUAUACCUAAUUCAUGGAAAUCAUUAUUAACAGGAGACACUAGCAAAGCUUUGAGUGAUAUUAGCUCUCCCACAGCUGUGUUUAAAACUAAUAACAAUAAUCAAUCAAAGGAAGGAAACUCUAACUUUGGUUUGUUUGGAAAUCACCCCCCACCAUUAAAGAAGAAGAGGUCAUCAAAUGUUGAAAAUGUUAUAGAAAAAACAAUUAGUUCCUCACCGAGAAAACUCUCAGACCCAAACUGUAGUGCAAUAACGUCAUCCACCGUUACACCGUCACCACCAAAAUCCCCAUUAACUAACCCAACUUCCACUCCAAAGCAUGAAGAUGCUUGUUCAAAGUUUGUGAAUAUUGCAAUGAAUUUAGAAGAUCAGAUUGAGGAAUAUGAUUCACGAGAAAUGAGUGAAGAUAUUUUAGAGCCAAAUAAAAGUGUUGAUGUCUCCAUGGCGGGCAGGUUGUCUUCGGGGUCAGAAGACGAAUUUGAUAUCAACUUGAUGAAAAUGGCAGCUGAAAAUAAAAGUGAAAAUUUAUCAGUUGAAGUUGAGGGUAAGAAGAAUUCACUGAUUUCUGAUAAUGAUAGUGCUGGUAUCAAUGUUUUGUCACAACCUGAAGAAACUAUACAAAGUGAAUCAUGUUUGCAAGACCAAAAAAACAAUUUAGAAACAUCAGAUGUGAUAUGUUGUGAUGAUGAAUUUGAUCAAAAUUUAAUUGAAAAGGCCAAAGAAGGGUGCAAGCCUACCUGCUUAGAUUCACUCAGUUCGAGGGGGGAAACUGAAUCUCCUGUAGAAAGAACUACUAAAAGACAUACUAAAGGAUCCUCCCUGCGUGAUUUUGUUGCUAAUGACACAAGUGAACUCUCAACAGAUGAAACUGAAGAAUCCACAACUAAUGAUCUGACCAAAGUUGUUGAAGAAUUUCAAAAUAAAUAUGGUAUUAACAAAGCACAAAUUAUCAGUGUUCUGUGGUAUUUUAGUGGUAAUGUUAAAAAUGCUAUGCAAUGGAUUGAGUUUGGUUCAGAUUUAAGUAAUUUACAACCUUGGUGUAAGGGAGAUGACUCUUUAUUAACAAGUACAAAUGAAAGGGAUAUAAACUAUUUAAAAGAAAAGUACACCGCUGAAAAUAUUGCAGAGAGAAAUUUAUUCUUUGAAGAGUUUUAA